AUGACUAUGGAACCAGCUGCCGCCCUCGAUCUGCUGCAGCAAAGCCCGGCACCGAGUGCUGUGCUCAUUACCGACGCUGCCCUCACCAAACGCUCCUCAGACACGCACCUUUGCCAAACCCGAUAUCGAGCCUUUUUUGCGAAGACUGACUUGACCUGGCAGGUUGUUACUUACCAUCGCACUGACGUCGCGCUCAAUUCUAAGCUAGCCACCACUCUGAUAUAUUGA